AUGAGGGAAGUCAAGGGAUACAAGAAGUUCGAGGAAGCUUCUGUUGCUUUGAGAAAUUUGCCUAAUAAUGACAGAUAUAAAAAUCUACGCAAAGCAACCCCGCAACAAAACGAUAAUAUCAUCGUGACAAAGUUUUGUGAACCCAAGAACUGGCUCAGAUUUAUGUUGCGGAACGUUUUAUGGAUAAAGAUUUAA